AGGCAGGUCCCCAUGCCACCCCGUGGCCACUCCCCAGUUAAGUUAUACCGAAUAACAAGACAUUGACCCUAAACAUUUGCAAUUCAUUGUAUGAAAACUUUAGUACACUGUUACCAUGCCAUGCAUUAUACAGUUGAUAAUUAUUAGAUGCUGAACGACGCACUAAGAAUACAACGACCUCUAGCUUGGCGAGCUGGUUGCAAUAGCCUACUGGCUGCGUUUGGAACACAAGUCGAAGCCCCCAAGAUCGACCGUCAAGCCGUGUCGUUUAUUGAAGCCUGACUGAUUAGCUAGCUUGAGACUUAUACAGUGCUUUACAGUAGUCAACUGGCGUCGUUACUCGUUACUCUGUCAGCAGGGCAAAUCCGAAAGAAAUUUGUUUUUCUUCUAUAGUUUGUUUUUGGUUUGAUACCCGUUUUUAUUUCCCGGAUGGUAUUGGGUGUACCUGCAUGGUGGGCUUGCGGGAAAUUCUGAACUCUGUCUCUUUGGGAGAGGGACCUGGACGCCCGAAAAAAAAACAGACAUGGAAUCAGUCAAAUUUGGACUCUCUUUCCGCUGUUCUUUGGAUACCCCGCUAACAAUACUUCCCAUUUACCUGGCAUUGUCAACAGUCAAAGCGGCCGCGAUGGUUGCCCUGGAGACAGAUUGCCCCCUGGGCCACUUCCCCUGUGGCAACCUGAGUGCGUGCGUGGCGCAGGAGCGGCACUGCGAUGGGCAGCCCAACUGCCCAAAUGGGGCCGACGAGGAGAGCUGUGGGGACAACAGCGGAUGGGCGGACCUUUUUGACCAGACCGUCAAGAGGCUUGACCCGCAGUAUGUCCCCAGCCACUGCUUUCUGCAGCAGUUCCCAGACGGCUGCGCGUGCGCCAAAACCGAGCUGCAGUGCGUCCAAAUGAAUCUGACCGCGGUGCCUCAGGUGUCGAGGAACGUGACUUCCCUCUCCCUCAAGGGCAAUAAAAUCGGAAAGCUCCCUGAAGACGCCUUCAUCAAGUACACUGAUCUUCAGAGACUGUUUCUCCAGAACAACUGCAUUCGGACCCUGUCCAGUCGUGCCUUCAGGGGACUGUACAAGCUGCAGAAACUGGUACUCAGCCAGAACUGCAUCACAUUGUUAAGUUCCGAUGUGUUCAGAGAUCUCCACAGAUUGGACUGGCUAAUCCUGGAUGAUAACCCGCUGAAGAGCAUCUCUAAGGACACAUUCACCGGUCUCAAGAGUUUGUUCUUCCUGUCCAUGGUCAGCAGCUCCCUACAGAAGCUUCCCCAGGAGAGCCUCUGCUACCACAUGCCCUCGCUCAGCUGGGUGGACUUCGAUCGAAACCAGAUCCGGAGCCUGAACUUCUCCACGCUGACGACGUGCGACAACCUCACGGUGCUAUCACUGCGUGCCAAUCGAAUUACAUCACUUCCAGAAAAUGCAUUUCAGUCCCUAAGGAUUCUGCAGGAACUAGACUUGUCAGGCAACAGGAUCAGAGCACUGCCAUACAAAAUCUUCAAGGAUUUGAAGUCUCUCAAAAUACUAAAUGUGUCCAACAAUCCAUUGGUCCAUGUCCACCAAGGUCAGUUCGAUCACCUCGUCCAGCUUCAGUCCUUAGGCUUGGAGGGUAUCGACAUCCCGGACAUUCAGAUGCAAAUGUUCCUGCCGAUGAGGAACCUCUCCUUCAUAUAUUUCAAGAAGUUCCAGUACUGCUCCUACGCCCCGCACGUCCGUAAGUGCAGGCCCAACUCGGACGGGAUCUCGUCCUUCGAGGACCUGCUGGCCAACGUGGUCCUGCGGGUGUCGGUGUGGGUGAUGGCCUUCAUCACCUGCUCCGGGAACCUCUUCGUCAUCGGCAUGCGCACGGUCAUACGGGCCGAGAACAGCCUCCACGCCCUCUGCAUCAAGGUUCUGUGCUGUGCGGACGGCCUGAUGGGGGUGUACCUGUUGUUCGUGGGCGUGUUCGACGUGAAGUUCCGCGGCGAGUACAACCGGAACGCGCAGGCGUGGAUGGAGAGCGUGGAGUGCCGCACGCUGGGCUUCCUGGCCAUGCUCUCCUCCGAGGUGUCGGUGCUGCUGCUCACCUACCUGACGCUGGAGAAGUUCCUGGUCAUCGUCUUCCCCUUCAGCCACCUGCGGCCCGGCCGGCGGCAGACCGUGGCGGUGCUGGCGGCCGUCUGGCUGCUGGGCCUCUCCAUCGCCGCCGCGCCGCUGCUCAGCGACGACCUCUUCGGCAACUACUACGGCCGCAACGGCGUCUGCUUCCCGCUGCACUCCGAGCUGGGCGAGAAGCCCGCUGCCAGAGGCUACACUACGGGCAUAUUCCUGGGUGAGUCCCCCCCCCCUCCUCCCCUCCACCCCCUGCACUCCAAGCUGGGCGAGAAGCCCGCUGCUAGGGGCUACACCACGGGCAUAUUCCUGGGUCUGAACCUGGCGGCCUUCCUGGUCAUCGUGCUGGCCUACUCCAGCAUGUUCUACUCCGUCUACAAGACGGGCGUGAACGCCACCGACCUGCGCAGCCGGCUGCGCAAGGACGUGGCCGUGGCCAACCGCUUCUUCUUCAUCGUGUUCUCCGACGCCCUCUGCUGGCUGCCCAUCUUCCUGGUGAAGACGCUGUCCCUGCUGGAGGUGGAGAUCCCAGGGACCAUAACCUCCUGGGUGGUGAUCUUCAUCCUGCCCAUUAACAGUGCCUUGAACCCCAUCCUCUACACCCUGACCACCAGCUUCUUCCGCGAGCAGGGGGAGCAGCUGCUCUGCCACUGGCAGAGGCACACGGUCCUGAAGAAGGAGCGCAAGAGCCUGAGCAGCUCGGUCAUCUACGUGGAGGCCUCCCGCCAAAACUUCUACCACCGGGGCUACGUGCCCAGAGUACCCAUCCCGGAAGUGGACCCCAAGUGGACAUGAAGCAGGAGGGUGGAGAGAGAGAGGGAGGGAGGGAGAGGGAGAGAGAGAGAGAGAGGGAGAGAGAGAAGGAGGGAGGGAGAGGAGAGAGAGAGAGAGAGCGAGAGAGAGAGAGACAGAGAGAGAGAGAAACACCCCUUCUGUAAUACUGGUUAGAAAAGAAGCGGAACUCUGGAGGUGCUAUCUGAAUGAGCAGGCACAUCCUAUAACUGUGACCUGCAACACCCUCUUGUAUUUGGGGCCUCGCUGCCCCCCCUUCCCCCCCCCGCAGACCCAGAAGGACUGAGACACUUCCUUAGGAACAAGGGCUGUGAUAGGGCUGUGUAUGAACGCAUGUGUACAGGCAGUCCCCGGGUUACAAACCAGAUCCGUUCCUAAGUCUGUCUUUAAGUCGAAUUUGUGGGUCAGUCAGAAGAGGUACAUACGGUUUUUAUUUAGUGUCAGUUAGUCAAAUGUUUGUCUCAGUAUAUAGUAUAUAUUUUACUAUAUAUACUAUAUAUAAGCCGCGCCAUGUUUUCUUGAGCGUCACAAAGCAGUGCGUGCGUUCGUUAUUACGAACCAUUGUAUUUAACUCAAAUUUUUAAUAUAAUGGGCUCGGACGUUCUCGACCCAGGGACUGCCUGUAUAUGAAUACGUGUAUGUAGAGCAGCUACGUUCAAGAAGCUGCCAUUUUCUAGUGCAGGAUACCUUUAGGGGACGCAGUCAGCAGGAGUUCACACUUAGGGUCUCGUGAACGUUUCUUCUCCCAUUUCAGUUUUGGGACCGAGCCGGGGGGGGGGGCCUUGGGGAAGAUUGUGUUUUAAUCCCCAUCCAUCUGGAAGCCUUCUGGAACCGAAAGGGGGAAUGUGUUCAUUUUAUUACACAGCAUCGGUGUCUGAUGGAGAUUAGAUCACAAAAUGGAAGUGAAAAAAAAAAAACCAAGUGAUAUCCAACUGUGACACGCAACUGCAGAAAUAACCCUGCUGUUCUGUUCUGUUCUCGUCUUUUGACUCACCCAAGGCUGGUCUUCCGACUGCAGACCCAUGGGGAUGUAGCUCCAGUUUGAAUUUACCGAACAGAUUUGUAGAUUUGUAUUUGUGGUGAGCUAGAGCUUACAUUAAAUGUGCAUACCAGCAGACAGCAAGUUUUCAUAGCUUGAACAUUUGCACAAAUUAUUAUUCCUGGUCUUAUUUAUAAUACGUGUUAUAUUUCAGCUGUAAUCAACAUGACAGUGUCUGUUAUAAUAUGUACCUAUUAGUAUGUGUAUUUUUAUACCAUGUUGCGUAUCAUCUGUAAAAUUCAAAGCCUCUACUGAAAGAGUCCUGUUUUGGAUUAUUUUUUUGAGCCAAGGAUGAACAUACCAUUCCUGUCCUACUCAUGAACUCAUUCUCAAGGUCCAUUACAGUAAUAAGACAGCCAAUCAUGGUCUGUCUGUAAAAUACAGCAGACUGGAGCUUACCAGCUGAACAAACCUCAACCUCAUUGUCUGUGAUGUCAGCGUGCAUUGUGGGAUUCAUCUAUUUAUACUAAUAAAACAAACUGAACACGGA